UCUGUUAUAGGGGAAAUUCAGAGCAUCGCCUUUUUUUUCUUGUUGUAGGGAUACUUGCGCUGUUGUUUUUUCAAGAAAACUUGAUGUUAAGCAGCCAUUGAAUGGCGAUAAAUAUGCUGAACUAGAUGAAAAUUGAGGACGACAGGCGGCAGGUACUCCUUUCUGUUUGGUAUUGUUUUGGAAAGCCAUGGCUACAAGACUGGUAACGAGGCUGCAAGGAAAGCAUUAGGCCAACAUUGAAAAUAUACAGGCGCGUUGAAAAAAUUGUUUUUAAGUAAUGGAUUCUGUGUUUUAUCAGAAAUAAAACUAUUGUUUUGAAAGAUAGAAUAGUCCUUUAGUCUUUGGACUCAAUUGAUAAAGCAAAGAGAGUUAAACGUUCAGCCUGGAAUAGCGGAAAAGUCCAAUAGCCUGGCCUGUUCGCUUUUGGUCUUCUAGUACUUCAAAUUCAAAAAGUGGCUUGGAGCAUCGCACCCAACAUACUGGCAUUACUAAGGAAGGAAAAGAAUUCUAAACUAUGCAGCUGAAAUAUUUAAAAACACUGGUUUCCCCACAGGAUGGAGCUGCAAAAGUUACUGCCAUGUCAUGGUCACCAACAAACAACAAAUUUGCAGUUGUUACCACAGACAGAGUUGUAAUUUUAUUUGAUGACACAGGUGAAAGGAGAGAUAAAUUUUCAACAAAGCCUGGAGAUCCAAAAACAGGCAAGAAAGGCUACAUUGUGAAAGGGCUUGCUUUCUCUCCUGAAGGAACUAAAAUUGCUGUUGGACAAACUGACAAUAUUCUUUUUGUGUACAAAAUUGGUGAAGAUUGGGGAGAAAAGAAAGUGAUCUGCAAUAAAUUUAUUCAACAGAGUUCUUUAACAUGCUUGAUUUGGCCUCCAGAGCAGCAAUCUGUCAUAUUUGGACUUGCUGAUGGAAAGGUUCGACUUGCGAAUCUCAAGUCAAACAAAUCACAAACAAUCUAUGGAACAGAUGUUUUUGUCACAUCCUUAUGUUCAAAUCCAUCAGGAAAAGGUAUUCUCUCUGGCCAUAUUGAUGGUGCUAUAGUCAGGUAUUUCUUUGAUGACGAAGGCACUGGCUUGUCACAGGGCCAAUUGAUUCGACAUUCUUGUGCUCCUUAUGCAUUGUGUUGGGGGUCGACAAUCGUAGCUGCUGGCUGCGAUAAAAGAAUUGUUGCCUAUGGAAAUGAAGGUCGGGUUCUUCAGCAUUUUGAUUACUCCAAAGAAGAUGAAAAAGAAUUUACAACCGCCGUAUGCAGCCCAAGUGGCCAGUCGUUUGUUGUUGGUAGUUUCGAUAGAUUGCGGGUGUUUAAUUGGACACCAAGGAGAGGUGCAUGGGAAGAGGGAAAGUCUAAAGAAAUUGCAAAUUUGUACACCAUUUCGACCCUUGCGUGGAAGCGGGAUGGUUCACGACUCUGUGCUGGAACUCUCUGUGGAAGUGUGGAGCUUUUCGACUGCGCUCUCAAGCGAACUGUAUACAAGAAUAAAUUUGAAAUGACUUACGUUGGACUCAGCCAGGUCAUUGUCAAGAAUUUGUCUUCCGGUGCACGAGUUGUGCUUAAAUCUCACUAUGGAUACGAGAUCGAUAAAGUCAGUGUUAUGGGCAAGGACAGAUAUCUUGUUGCCCAUACAUCCGAUACUGUUCUUCUUGGUGACUUGCAAACAAACAAGCUUAGCGAGGUACCAUGGCAAGUUACUGGCGGAAAUGAAAAAUUCUUUUUUGAAAAUGAAAACGUAUGCAUGAUCUUCAAUGCUGGCGAGCUGACAUUGAUUGAAUAUGGAAGCAAUGAAGUGCUUGCAACAGUCAGAACAGAAUUUAUGAAUCCGCAUCUCAUCAGUGUUCGUCUAAACGAGCGGAAGCUAAAGGAUCAAGGAGACAAUAAGAAAAUGGCUUAUCUUAUUGACCUGAAAACAGUCUGUGUUGUUGACCUUGUUUCUGGGUUUACUGCAGCCACUGUGUCUCAUGAUGGGAAGAUCGAUUGGUUAGAGUUGAGUGAAACCGGUAAAAAGCUUCUUUUCAGAGACAAGAAACUCAAAUUGCAUUUGCUGGACGUCGCAAGCCAGGUUAAGACAACCAUACUCAACUACUGCAGUUAUGUGCAGUGGGUACCCAUGAGUGAUGUUGUUGUUGCACAAGACAGAGGAAAUUUAUGCAUUUGGUAUAACAUUGAUUCACCCGAGCGUGUUACAAUGUUUCCAAUCAAGGGCGAUAUAGUUGACCUGGAGAGAAACGAUGGAAAGACGGAUGUCAUCGUUAAUGAGGGCGUCUCUACUGUUUCCUACACUUUGGAUGAGGGUCUAAUCGAAUUUGGAACGGCCAUUGAUGAUGGUGACUUUGGGAGGGCUAUCACGUUCUUGGAAUCGCUGGACAUGACACCCGAAACAGAAGCCAUGUGGAAAACCCUUAGUAAGCUGGCUGUGCAGGAAGGAAACCUGCCAGUUGCAGAAAGAUGCUAUGCUGCCCUUGGGGACGUUUCAAAAGCUCGUUUUCUUCAUCAAGUCAAUGACCUUGUGGACGACAUCGAAUCGAAAACAGGGGUGGAUGGAUCUAGACACCCACUUGUGCAAGCAAAACUAGCUGUUCUUAAUAAGCAAUUCAAAAAAGCAGAGGGAAUUUAUUUAGAACAGGGAAUGAUCGACCAAGCCAUGGAGAUGUACCAAGAGUUGCACAAGUGGGAUGACUCACUUGAAAUUGCAGCAAGAAAGGGCCACCCUGAACUUGAAAAUCUGCGUUCAAAUUACCUUCAAUACCUUUCAACCUCAGGGCAAGAGGAAAAGGCUGGAGAAGUUAAAGAGUCACAAGGAGAAUACAUGGAGGCAAUCAAUUUGUACAUGAAGGCUGGACUGCCUGCCAGAGCAGCUCGCUUAGCGUUAAGCCAUGAUAAUUUGGCAAUGAAUUCUGAGUUGCUUGAGAGAAUUGCUCUAGCAUUGAUGAAAGGUGGAUUCUACGAAAGGGCUGGUGAUCUUUUUGAGAAAAUUGGAGACAACGAUCGGGCGUUGUCUGCUUUCAGAAAGGGAAAGACAUACCGAAGGGCUGUUGAGCUUGCUCGUAUGUCAUUUCCAAACGAAGUCAUUCGUCUCGAGGAGGAAUGGGGAGACUAUUUGGUGUCUCAGAAGCAAUUGGAUGCUGCUAUCAAUCAUUUCAUCGAAGCUGGUUCGUCAGUUAAAGCAAUCGAGGCUGCUAUCAAUGCGAGGCAGUGGAACAAAGCUGUUCAAAUUGUUGAGAUCCAAGAUGACAGUGUGGCGCAAAAGUACUAUCUGAUACUUGCUCGACAUUAUGCACAAGUUAUGGAAUAUUCUGUUGCUGAACGUUUCUUCGUGCGCGCUGGUGAACCAAGAGAGGCUGUUGAUAUGUAUACGAGAGCAAAUAUGUACGAAGCAGCCCACAAACUUGCUGUUAGAUGCAUGCCUGCGGAGGAGGUCUCGUCCUUGUAUACAAAGCAAGCUAAAGAGUUUGAAUCACAGGGAAGGUACAAAGAGGCUGAAAGAUUAUUUAUCACGGUUGACGAGCCCGAUCACGCGAUCAACAUGUAUAAAAAACUGAAGAUGUACGACAAAAUGAUAAAACUGGUUACGCAAUUUCAUCCUGAUCUGCUUCAAGACACGCACUUACAUCUCGCUAAGGAGCUGGAGGCCGAGGGCCAGUACAGUCAAGCUGAGCACCAUUAUACAGAGGCACAGGACUGGAAAGCAGCCGUUAAUAUGUAUAGAAAUAAUGACCUUUGGGAGGAUUCAUACAGAGUUGCCAAGCACUACGGUGGUGUGACCCCUGCGAAGCAAGUUGCCUACUUAUGGGCAAAGAGUCUAGGUGGGGAUUCUGCCGUGAAACUGCUCACAAAGUUCAAUCUUUUGGAGACUGCAAUCGAGUAUGCUGCAGAAAAUGGGUCAUUUGAAUUUGCCUUCGAUUUAGCACGAACUGGUAUGAAGAGCAAACUACCAGACGUUCAUUUGAAGCACGCAAUGUAUUUGGAAGACGAAGGAGACUUUAAGAAAGCUGAGGAUGAAUUCAUUAAAGCUUCAAAACCUAGAGAAGCCGUUCUAAUGUACGUGCACACGCAGGACUGGGACAGUGCACAGAGAAUUGCAGAAGACCAUGACCCUGAAAGUGUUGCUGAUGUUCUAGUAGGCCAGGCUCGUCAAGCCUUUGGGAAAAAAGAAUAUCCGAAGUCGGAGUCAUAUUUCUUACGUGCACAGCGUCCGGAGCUUAUUAUUCGGCUAUAUAAAGAAGAAGGAAUGUGGGCAGAUGCUUUGAGAAUUGCCAAAGAAUAUGCCCCACAUAAACUGGAUCAACUUCAGAAUGAGUAUGACAGAGAAAACAACCGUGAUGACAAGGGACUAGACUCAUUGUUGGCACAAGCAAAGGACUGGGAAUCUCGCGCUGAAUAUGGAAGAGCAAUUGACGUUUAUCUCAAACUAAGCAAGUCGAUGACUCAAAAUUUCGACAUUCUUGAGGAUGCAUGGACAAAGGCCGUUGAACUGGCAGUGAAAUUUGUAAAAGACAGAGCCGUUGAUGUUACUGACAAAGCCUGCAAAAAACUCUGUGAAAUCGAAGCUUAUGAGCAGGCUGCAGAGUUAUAUCAGUCAGUAAAACUUUUCAAAGAAGCUAUCGACACUUAUAUAAUGGGACAGCUAUGGCCACUGGCAAAACGCUUAGCGGCCGAUGCAGCACCAAAAUACGAGCAGUAUGUUGAAGAAAAGUACAUCAACUUUUUAAAAUCCAAGCAAAUGCCAGAUAAGCUUAUGGAUGUUGAUGUUAUCGGAGCUCUCGACAUGUACGUUGAGCAAGGCCAAUGGGAACGCUGCAUUCAAGAGGCUGAACAGCAGAGCAGUGAUGUCUUGAACAAAUACGUUGCUUUAUAUGCUGCCAACUUAAUCAAGGAAGACAACCUUAUGAAGGGGUUGGAUCUAUUUUUGCAAUAUGGUGCACCUCCAAAUCCACAGAAUUUCAAUAUUUACAAACGUCUGGCAUAUAGCAUUUUCUCGAUGCCUGGAAAAGCCGGGCCGGAAUCCUACAAGUUGUGGGCAGACACGCGAAACAUGCUGGCUGAUGUUUGUGAAGGUUUUGAAAGGAAGCCAUCUGAUGCUGUUACCAUGGAGACCUUUAGUCGCAUGCUGAUUAUAUCCCAUUACUACGCAACACGAGCCGCUGCGAAGUCACAGAAAGCUCUGGAGAGUAUUGCUGCGAAGCUUUCGGUGUCCCUGCUCAGGCACUCUGACAUCAUUCCAUGUGAUAAAGCUUUCUUCGAAGCAGGAAUGGAUUGCAAGAAAAUUGGUUGGGAAAAUAUGGCAUUUGUGUUUCUUAACAGAUUUUUGGAUCUUAGUGAGGGCAUCGAGGAAGGCAAUCUAGACAUGAUUGAUAACAGCGAUUUCAUGGAGACUGAUAUUCCGCUUGAGGUGACUGUACCGGAGAAUCAGUUCCUACCGGAAGACAAAAGGGAAGAAGUUAAAGAGUGGGUGCUGGCUGUUUCAAUGGACCAAAAAGUUGAACAGGUUUUGCCUUUAGAUGAAAGAGAUACUUACGAGGGAUCGCUGAUAGCAGUAAACACUGAAAUCAAGUCAUUACCUUGUGUUAUAUCAGGGUACCCUGUUCUAAGAAGCAAGCUUGAGUUUAAAAAGCCUGGACGUGCUGCAAAUAAAGAAGACUGGAACAAGUUCCUCAUGGCAACAAAGGUAUCACACAGCCCUGAGUGCCAAGAUGUGCUGCGUUUUCUCACUCACUGGUGUGGUGCCCCGCAGAAUCCAAGCUAUUCAUUCCAAUAGGAUUGCAAGUACUUUCGUGUUCAUUGUAGCGUUAUAAUAUGGUUAGAUAGAAAGGUAUUAAAAGUUAUUAAUGUAAAUAUCUGCAUUGUAAGAUAAAGAAAUGGAGACAGAGCAAAAUCUUCUCUUUUGGUU